AUGCAAUCCGUUCCAAGAGAAAAGGCAAUAGUAGACAAACAGCAAGUAACCAGUCCACCAAAAUCAUCUGUCAUCGUAAACGAAGCUAUCGGAAGAGAAUCGAAUUCAGGAAACGACAAGGAAAUGCCAAAGGAUUCAUCGGAUGAUGAUGAUGAUGAUGCAGAUGUCAUAAGAGAAGGCAGCAGGACCCUAAUGGAAGAUGAAAGCCUGAGUAAAACUGCAGCCGAUCAGAAGUCGAGUGACAUUGCCGCUCGAUACGCCGCAUUGCGGAAUCACCGAAUCCGAUUCGAAGAUGCUAUUGAUCCCAAUGCAGAGCGGGUAAAGGCUUUGAAUAAGAACGAUGUUAUCUUUGGAAGGGGACGCGGAUUCCAAAAUCAUCCAGGGAAUUUGAGAAUGCGAACGAUCAUUGAAAGGUACAAAAAUGAGUACCACAGUUUAAGACGGCAGGGAAAGCGGGAUAUGGUGGAAAAGGUGUACAAAGAAAUAAUAGAGAAUGGGGCACGGUUUCUGAAGAAAGUGGAUGGGGAAGAUGAAUGGGUCAAGGUGGAUGUUCCAAUAGCUUUGCAGAAGGUCAGCCAUACGCUUCGGUGUCGUAAGAAGCUUGAGAUUCCAGAGACUGCCACAGUACCCUCUGCGUCUGCCUCAUUCUUACAUAUGCAUGCUCAAGGACUCGACACGACAUCUUCUGUGCCCCCAGAUAUGCUUUCUCGGGCAUCUUUGGCAAUGCUACAACAAGACAGGUCAGCAAUGACAAUGCGUGGUUCCCUAUCUGCAGGGUACCCAUAUGUAGAAAUGGAAGCACAACGGCUUGCAGCUCUUCAAAAUCGCGUUUCCCUUUCAGGACUGCCGGGUAUCACAUCGUUGAUGCAGCCUAUGCAUACAAACGUCGACUAUUACAAUAUGAUGAGGCAGGAUCUGUUGCUUCGAGACAGGAUGGCCCUUCAUCAACAAAUGGUGGGAGCACGAGCCAUGGGAAACACUGGUCUGCAAUCCUUGCCGCAAGCAAACUCUACAACCUUUCCAUCUCUUCCACAAGGAAACAUUUACGAUCAGCUUCGAUUGAAUCAACUGUCCGACAUGCGCAAAUAUGGACAUGAUACCUCAGGUCGGAACUAG